AUGCAAGAAUUCCUUCAAGCAGGCCUCUCGGCGGUCACUAUCUCCACAGAAUCAAGACAAACGUUUGUCAACAACCUCGCCACUGAAGGCGGCCUCGCCCGAAUCCGACAAAUCGUCGAAACAGACUUCUCCACGUCCUACAGCGUUCUAAAUCCCAUGUUCGACCCUCAUUGCAUCCUGUUUCUUCACCUUAUCUCGCACGAGGAGAUUAGGUACUCGCUUGUAUUCGAGAAAGCGGUGGGAACUAUAUAUAAUGUCGUUUAUGGACACGAUGGUAAUAGGGGGGUUGAGUUUUUUAGGAAGAUAGCGAACUGUUUAGUUCAGAUAUCUGAAGUGGAGGGCGGGAACGGGAGUAUUGCUAGGGAUAAAGUAUUACAGGUUGAAGAGGCAUUGUUGCUGGCAACGAAGGCGCUGCUCAGUACCUUGACGCUGAACCAAGGGGCUGCGAUCAAGACGGAGUUUAGAGGGGUCGUCGAACAGCUCUGCGGUUGUUACCAUGUCGAGGACAUUAACCGUGAUCUUGUGAGUCUCGACGUCCGUUCUGCACAUGAGAAUAUCCUCAAGAUCAAAGACAUACUUUCCAUGGGGGACACCAUCUCUGCCUCCAACGCAGCUAACAUUCGUACCACAACUACUUCUCGACAGCAGCAGCCGGAAUGGCGCCCUCCCGAGCUCGAUGUCGAUCUUCCUGGCGAGCUCUCCCAACUCGGUCCCCGCCAUGACAAUGACCGCGCACUCAUCUCGGAUAUUAGAAUCUUACCCACGCUCUCCGAAAUCCUCUGCGAUCAGCGACUAGAUUUCCUUCCCACGCGACAUAACCCCAAUUCCCCAUCCAAACAUCACGAAACGGGUAUCCUUCGACUCCUUGACUCCCAGUUUCGCCUUCUACGAGAGGAUACUUCGGGUUUACUCCGUGACUCCAUCCGCUUGAUUUUAGAAAAUUGGAACAUCCUUGUUCAUAAUCCCGAUUGGCGAGUCAAACGCAAAAUUCUGCGCGAUGGCAGUCCAACUCCUGUUCGGAUCUACUCUAACGUUGAGAUCCAACGAAUCAAGUCUGACCCGAUAAAGGGAGUGGAGAUUGAGAUAGAAUUCGACCAGGUCCGUGGGGCAGGGAAUUCAAAUUUGACGAGGAGAAAACAAUGGUGGCGCGAGUCCCGGGGGUUGAGGGAAGGGGGGGCAAUAUUGGCCGUCAUUAAUGGAGAAGAGGAGGAGGAUAUGACUGUGAUUUUCUUACUAGUUUCAAAGAGGGAGAUUUGCGCCUUAGACCAUGAUGAGCAGCACAGUCCCUCGGGAAUCCGACAUGUUCGCGAUCUAGCAAGCAAUGCUAAAAGAGCGAUGAUUACACUUCGCCUAGCGAUUCCGACCUGCGAGGUCGAUCUGUCCAAUCUUGUCUGCCUAGCCAGCAACAACAGACGCUCAUUUUCGUCAUCCAGACCACUCAUCCUCGUUGAGUUUCCCGCUGUGUUAUAUAAUUCCUUCGAAGGAGUUCUGCGAUGUCUCCAAUCUCUACACAAGGACCCAGCUUAUAUUCCAUUUACUACCUGGUUAGCUCCCCGUGAGCACGACAACACAUUUACUCAGGACCCAGCGACAACCUAUACUGACGGAAACAUCAUUGUCCCUCCACCCGCAUACCUUCUAAACAACGCUACUCUCGACCUCUCCUGUAUCCCCACAUCCGCGAACAAUAACAGCAACAGUACCACCACACCACUAACUAUCUCACUCUCCCACGAUCCCCACAUGUUAUCCACACAGCUCUCGGAAGUAACAACUCUGGAUACCGGCCAGGCGAUUGCGAUGAUUUCAGCGUUGAGGCAUGAAGUAGCACUUAUCCAGGGUCCUCCAGGGACUGGGAAGUCGUAUGUAGGAAUACAGAUCGCAAGGUGCUUGUUGAAGAAUAGGGACUUGUUGGGGCUAGGGCCGAUUUUGUGUGUCUGCUACACCAACCAUGCACUCGAUCAGUUUCUCCAUGAGCUUCUCAAUUCCGGCGUCACCAAUAUUUUACGAAUUGGUUCUCGUAGUCCAUCUCCCCGUCUGGAAGCCCUUUCACUCGAAAACUACAAGAAAAAUGGACAAAUCCCACGUAUGAAAGGUUUGGGGAAGAGAAUAAGUGAUUGUCGGGCGAGUUUGGAGAAGUUGAGUGCGGAAAUUCAGAAGGUGUGCAGACAGGCUGAAGAGAGUAGUGUGGGGGUGGUGAAGGAGUUUUUGAAGAAGAGGUUUCCAGUACAGGCGGAGGGCAUAUUUGGUGGCAGAUCUGAAGGGGUGGGGGUUAGCCUUGACUUCGAGUUGGGGGAUGAUGCUGCGAUGGAAACUUGGGUUUCCGGUGACGCACCUGGUGACUGGAGCGGUAGUGACGUCGAACGCUCUAUCGACCAGCUGCUCCUUGUGGAGAUCUGGACGCUGACGAACUCGGAGCGCUCUCGUCUAUACCAAUACUGGCACAACUCCGCUUUCGCUGAACUUUCGCAACAGUUCCACGACCUAAUGCAAAGACACUCCUCGGCGAAGCAACUAUACACAUCUCUAUUCAACGCAUCAUAUACGCAAUUUCUCGACCGAUUUCAUAUCGUGGGAGUAACAACCAUCGGCCUGGCAAAUAAUUCUGAACUUUUGCGUGGUCUUCGCGCUAAGGUUCUGAUCUGUGAGGAAGCUGGAGAGGUGCUGGAAGCGCAUGUUCUCACUGUGCUAUUGCCGUCGAUUCAGCAUGUGAUAUUGAUUGGGGAUCAUCUUCAAUUGCGUCCACGAAUUUCGAACCUUAAGCUCUCGAUGGAAUACGACCGCGCAGGGCCCAAAUACAACCUCGAUGAAUCACUAUUCGAACGACUGGCCAACUCGCAUUUCGGAGACUGGAACAUGAGCGGAGGAGAGGGAAAGAGAGGGGGGGUGAGCCGAUUUCCUAUCGCGCAGCUAGAUCAUCAACGACGAAUGCAUCCUACAAUCUCCACCCUCGUUCGCGAGACUCUUUACCCUCACCUCCGAGACCACCCCGACACGACCUCCUACCCUAAAAUUACCGGUAUGAAACGUAGGUUAUUCUGGCUUGACCACCGCAACAGGGAAGACGCCGGUGAUCCUGAAGAGCCGAUGCAAAGUAAGACGAAUAUGUGGGAGGCCAAAAUGGUGACGGCGUUGGUGAGACAUCUCUGUAGACAAGGGAAGUAUAAGCCUGGUGAAAUUGCAGUGUUGACACCUUACGUGGGGCAGUUGAGGAUAUUGAGGGAUAUGUUGGGGGAGAUGGUGGAGCUGAUUAUUGGAGAGAGGGAUUUGGCGGAUCUAGAUACCUCAGAGGUGGAGGUGGAUGGGAGAGACAGCGGUGGUAGGAGGGAGCGGCCGCCGCAAGGGCGACAGCAGCAGCAGAUGGUGGGAAAAGGGAAGUUGCUGGAUGAGUUGAGGAUGGCUAGCGUGGACAAUUUUCAGGGCGAGGAGGCAACCGUCGUUAUAGUCUCCCUAGUACGAAGCAACAUAUAUCAAAAUUGCGGGUUUCUCAAGACGCCUAACAGAAUCAACGUUCUCUUGAGUCGCGCCAAACACGGUAUGUACAUAAUUGGCGACGCCAAUACCUCCUCCCGCGUCCCAAUGUGGUCAUCCGUCAUACAACUACUAGAAAAAAAUGGCAAUAUCGGUCCAAAACUAGAGCUCCACUGCUCCCGUCACCCCAAUAACAAAAUCUACGUUUCCUCCCCUGACGACUUCGCCAUCCAUGCCCCAGAGGGUGGAUGUGCGGAGAAAUGCGGGUUGAGGUUAAGCUGCGGACAUAGUUGCGCGGUUAAGUGCCAUUCCACGACGCUGCAUAAAGCAGUUAAGUGUAUGGAAUUGUGUACAAGGGUGAGGGAGUGUGGACAUUUGUGUUCGAGGAAAUGCAAUGCCCUGUGCGGAGAAUGCCCCGAAAAGGUCCUAGAUGUUGUGCUUCCAUGCGGACAUACGGCCAAAGAGGUGGAAUGCCAACAUAUGGGGAAUCUUGCCGGCGUGAAAUGCGAACAGCCUGUGGCGCGAGAAAUGCCCGGCUGCGGCCAUAAUAUCACGAUACGGUGUCAUGAAAACACGAACGAUAUCAGAUGCUCGCAUCCAUGCGAUAGCCUCCUGCCUUGCGGGCACAGUUGCCGAAAGCCGUGCUGGAGGUGCAGACAGAUUGAUGAUCACGGUUCUUGCAACAUUCCCUGCGGACGAUUAUUCACGACCUGUUCGCACACCUGCGGUCAACCAUGUCAUUCUAGCACUUCUUGUUCUCCCUGCAAUCGGCCCUGUGACGUACGUUGCAGACAUAGCAGAUGCCCCAAGACGUGUAGCGAUCCGUGUCCCCCUUGCGCAGAGCAAUGUGGAUGGAAUUGCGGUCACCGGCGCGAUCGCUGCAGUAUGCCGUGCGCGGUCCCAUGUGAUAUCAUUCCUUGCGAUCGUCGCUGCGAAAAGAAGCUGGUAGCUUGUGGACAUCAAUGUCCAGGGGUUUGUGGGGAGCUGUGUCCAGAUUCCAAGUUUUGCCAGAUCUGCUGUGCGCCGGAUAUCCUUGAGCAAAAUGUCGAUUUUAUUAUGUUUGAGAAAUACGGCCAAAUCGAGAUUGACGAGAAUCCAUUAAUCUUCCUCUCCUGUGGACACUUUUACACGGUUUCCAGCCUUGAUGGCAUUAUGGAACUGACUCAACACUAUGUCACCGACUCCCGAACGGGCAAGGUCGUCUGCCCAAAAUUGUCGCAGCGGGUAGUAACUUCCGGGAGCGCGCCUAAAGGAUGCCCAGAAUGUCGCAUGCCACUUAGAGAUAUCGACCGCUAUAACCGGAUUAUUAAGAAAGCAUUGCUGGACGAGGCAACGAGGAGGUUUGUCGCACAGGCGAAUUUAAGGUGUGCGGAGUUGGUGGAGGAGAUUCAGAAACGAGAGAUGAAGAUUGAGGGUGAGAGAAGGGAGUUCAUGCUGGAGUGGUCACAGGCAGUUGGUGAGUCCAGGGACUUGGAUCAAGUCAAGAGUUCCCUGAAGGCGUACCAAGCAGAAGGAACUCGGCUCCAAAAAUAUAUCAACAAAUUCACCAAAUCUGUGGCGAAGACAGAGCAGCCGUUUGGGAGGGUGAAUAGUAUAUUCGCCUCCGCAGUCGCUAGACAGCGGAACAUAACAACAAAUGCCUUCGAGCUUGAUGAGUCGGUCAUCCAGACCGGAUUCCAAUUCCGCGGCGAAUGUUUCAGUCUUCGACUCGACUGGGCCAUCCUCUGGGAUUUUGAUACAAUCUACAGUAACAACACCAUCGAUUCACGUAUCCGUUCGGCGUUGCGCGGUGCGGUAGCAUCCCGGAUUAAAAGGCUUAUGGACAGAUGUCUCUCACUCAUAAAUUCCAGUCGAAAUGCCAAAUUCCCACAACAAGAAGCGGAAGCGCGGAUCUACCACGCGCUAUUCUCCAUGCUCUCGCUCAGCAAUUCCCGAGCGCAAGGCCAAUUGAUCAACGUAGCUACCGAGACCUCAACGCGUCUGCGGGCGAGGGAGAGCUUAGAGGAAUGUGAAACUCUCUGUUCGCGAUAUCCAGGCACGUUGGCGUAUCUGAAGGACGAUGCUGAAAAGGCGAAGAAGUUGGUUAAUGGUGGGACUUUUUAUAGUUUGGUGACGACAGAGGAAAAGCGGGAGGUUUAUAGAGCUAUGGCGAGGCAGUUUUCGGGGACAGGUCAUUGGUAUUAUUGUCGGAAUAAUCAUCCUUUCACGGUAGGAGAAUGUGGAAUGCCAAUGGAAGAAGCACGAUGUCCGCAAUGCGAGGAGCCGAUCGGAGGUCAUGAUCAUACUCCUGUCCAAGGGGUCCGUAGAGCGGAAGACCUAGAAGUUGAGUUUAGUGGUGCUUAG